AUGGCGGCGCCUGCCCUGAACAACCGGGCCGGCUCCGUUAGUAGCCUCGGCAACAGCCCCACCGCCACCCCCGGCCCCACUAGCAACAAACUCCCCUUGCCGAGCUAUCCCGAGAUAGACUUCAGGUCAGGAGCCAGGAUAGACGAGCUGAACCGCCUGAUUUCCGAAUUUAGUAAACACGAGCAGCGCGAAUACGACGACCAGCGCGCUCUGGAGAUCCACACGGCGAAGGACUUCAUCUUCUCUAUGCUUGGCAUGGUGCAGAAAUUGGACCAGAAGCUGCCGGUGGCCAAUGAGUACCUGCUGCUGUCAGGCGGCGUGCGUGAGGGCGUGGUGGACAUGGAUGUGGACGAGCUAGUGGCGUACGUGCGUGGUGCCGACUACGACAUGGACUUCACGCUGCUGGUGCCCGCCCUCAAACUGCAUGACCGCAACCAGCCGGUCACGCUCGACAUGCGCCAGUCUGCCCUGGGUCACACCUGGCUCAGCCUGCGCCUGUUCGACGAGGGCACCAUCAACCGGUGGAAGGAGUGUUGCGUGGGGGCGGAGCCGGAGGCAGGGCCAGAGGGCGCCACCGGCCACUUCUUCUCGCCCACGCGGGUGUCCGAGUGGUUCCACGAGGCGGUGGGCUCUGUGCUGCAGGAGCUGCGCCACAGGCCGCAGAGGGGCAUGCCACGGGUGGAGAAGGCGGAGCGCGGCGGCGCAGUGACCUCCAUCGUGCUGGCGGCGGGCGGCAGCCGCGUGCUGUACGACGUGGUGCCGGUGGUGUCGUUCAAGGGAUGGCCAGCUGUGGCGCAGGCCUGGCUGAUGGAGAACCACUUCUGGGAUGGCAAGAUCACGGAGGAGGAGGUGAUCGGCGGGUUCUACCUGCUGCCCGCCUGCUCGGCUGCCGGCCGGCGCGAGGCCGAGUGGCGCCUGUCAUUCGCUCGCAGCGAGGUGCAGCUAAAGAAGUGCAUCCCAUCCGGCCUGAUGCAGGCCUACCAGGCCUGCAAGGCGUUGGCGGCCAAGCUGCUGGUGAGGCCCGAGGCUGUGGGGCCGUACCACCUGCGCUCGCUCAUGCUUUGGGCGUGCGACCGCCUACCGCCUGCCUACCUGGCCCAGGAGGGCAACUCCGCGCACUUCCUGCUAGGCCUGCUGGACGACCUGCAGCACUGCCUGGUUAACCGGGCGUGUCCCAACUACUUCAUCCCGCAGCGCAACAUGCUGGCGCACCUGAGCGAGGCGGCGGCCGUGCUGCACGCGCGGCGCCUCUCGUCGGUGCGCUCCGACCCAGCCGAGCACCUGCGAGGCGCCAUCGAGCACGCCCGCACUGCCUCACGCCUCCCGCCCGAGCAACCCUGCCUGCCCUCGCCGCAGGACGGCCCCCCCGCUGCCGACCCCGCCCCCGACGACCGCCUCGCCAAGAAGCUGCAGCAGCUAGUGACAGAAAACCCUGGCAAGUCCAUCUCCGUCUUCAUCAACCCUGACGACGUCACACGGCCACACUUCCGAAUCGACGACAAGUUCUUCUGAACCCUGCCUCUGCUCCCACCCACCCACCAAUUUCCACUAUAACUCUCACUAAGUUAUUUUCAGGAUUGAAUCCUGAACAGGAUUAUCAUUGCGGUUUUGGCUCACCGUGCCAGCAAUUCUGAUGGACAUCCUCGGUCUGUGAACGAAAGAAUGUAGUACACUCAGCAAAAUGAGAGGGGGACCAAUGAGAGAGAGAGUGAGCGAGAGGGAGUAAAGAGAAGUACUCUGUCUGUAUAGUUGUUAUGGAGAGUUGUGCGGCACCUUGGGAGGCAGCCUCAGCUGGCCCUUAAUUGGAUGCCUCAAAGGGAUGGUGAUGGUUUAUGAUUGUCGCUUUGCCUAAAUGAAGCGUAAUCAGUUCUUGGAACAUUCAGUGUCAGGGACUGAUCUCAGAUCAGCACUCAAUCAGCUGCCUGAAAGAGUGCUUGUGUGUGUAUUUAGAGAGGAGGGCAUUAGAAAGGAGAGGGAUGAGAGAUUUUUGUGAGCAUGUUUUAGGAAUCGGGGUAGGAUGGGAUCGGUGAACACCGUUAGGUGCAUUAUUCCCAUACAUGCUCAGAUAUGACAAACUUUAUACCUACAGAGCAGGGCAAUGGUGAGCUGCUCCUGAUUUUUCUUGAAUAUUCCAAACAGAGAAAAAGAUGCUUAGUCUGGAUAGAAAUCAGAAUACCUCUAGGUCUCAUAAAGUAGUUAGAGAAACACACACACGUACAUUUGCAUGUUAUGCACUUGUUUCCCAGACCAAAAUUAAACCUAAACCUAAACUAAAAAGAUGUUCAGUGGUGAAUCACCACUGAAAAUACCAUGUCCAAGACUAGCCUUAAUCCAUGAGUCUAAGCCUAACAUUUAUGUAAUGGCCACGUCACCACCAUACUAGAUCAGACUGUACAAACCCUCCCUGACUACUGUUAAUGAGGAAGCAUUGACACAUGUCACAUUCUGAGGCUUUCUCUCCUAGCUGCUGUGUAGAUCUCUGCUUCUCUUUUGCCUAACAGAAUGCUGAAUGCCAUCGGAGACUUAUUGUAUGUCCUGUAUCUGCUGCUAAACAUGCAAAUGGUUAUAACCUUUCUUUGCUAAGGAUUUUAAUUGUUGAGUGUUUAUUUGAGCUGCGUCGUACCUGUGUACAUAUUGCUGUAAAUAUUGGGCUCCCCCUACAUCACUUACAUAUACCAAUCGGCUUGUCUCCUGUCACCAGUCACACAAUUCCAAUUUUGGCAUAAUCAGUCAGAAUGAGGAUCAACUCUCAGUGUCUACAGGGACCACUCGUGCUGCCUUAUCAUUGAUGUUAGCUAGUGGGGCUAUUUUAUUCAAAUGAAGACAGAUGUUACAGUGAGCAUGCGAGUGUGUGUGUGUGUGUGUGUGUGUGUGUGUGUGUGUGUGUGUGUGUGUGUGUGUGUGUGUGUGUGUGUGUGUGUGUGUGUGUGUGUGGUUUUUGACCUCUGGUGUUAAUGGACUUUUAAAUGGAAUGCUUUUGUUCUGGUUUAGUUAUUUAAACAAUUAUACCAAACUAAUGGAGUCACUUUAAUUUUAUUUAUAAAUGUCACAGAUAUCAAACCUGAUUGUGUGUUGCUUGAUAUGCUUACGUUUCAUAAGAACAAUGCAGUGCAGUGUAUAUUGAUCUUUAUAUGUUUGUUUGCAAAAUAAAUUUGUACA